AUGGCGCCGGCGGGGCCCGUCAUCGUGUACGAGCACACGCCCAGGGUCAUCCACGCGCGGCCGGACGAGUUCAAGGCCCUCGUGCAGAGGCUCACCGGCCAGCAGCAGCGGGCGACCGGCGAUCAGGAGCCCGCGCCGCUGCUGCCGCCGGCAGCAGAACCGGCGGCGCCGUCGUCGUCGCAUGAGGAGGAGGAGACCAGGACGGCUGCUGGUGGCGACCCCCUGGUGCUCACGCUCGGGCAGCAGGCGCCGCCGCCGCUCGAUGACCGUGCGCCGGCGGCACUGCUUUCUCCAGGCGCCGGCGGCUUCCUUCUCUCCCCGGGCAGCUUGCUCUUCUCGCCUGCCACCAUGCAGGCCAUACAGGAGCUCAUCAGCUCAUGA